AUGACAAUCACCACGGCUUUAGAUGAAAAGGUGCAAAGCCUUCGGGAAAGAUAUAUCCUACCCCAUAACGUGGAAGAAAUUGAGCGAAUGCAGAAUCAGCAUGAAUGGGUGAAGGGAUGCGCCGACGGUCUGAUCAAAGCUCCACUAGAUAUGACCAGGAAAGACCUUCGGGUCUUGGAUGCUGCUACUGCGGAUGGCUACUGGAUUCAGGACACAAAAUCAAUUAUGCCAGCAGGAACGGAAUUUGUGGGGUUUGAUAUCGCACCUGACCUAUUCCCGCCAACUCAAACCCUCGGCCCGAAGGUGACUCUCUCGGUGCAGAACCUGAUCGAGCCCUUCUCUCCAGCUUGGAAGAAUGCAUUCGACCUCGUCCAUGAACGAUUUGUAAUCUCCCUUUUCAAGGAAGACGAGAUUACCCAAGUUCUGGACAACUUACUCUCAUGCGUCAAACCGGGAGGUUGGGUCCAAUUUGUCGAACCCGACUUCGGCACCUGUGUCUCCCGACCCAAAGACAAAACUUCAGCUUUUCAAAUGAUACAUCAGUUAACCGGUCACGUCAUGGCGGAUAACAUGGCAUCGACCAAGCUGGCUGGACGGCUCGAAGAUGCCGGUUGGGUCAAUAUUGGUGUCUCAGUCAGAGACAUGAUGGCUGGGAAUGCGCAUCCUGACCCGGCGUUGGGAGAGAGAGGACGGAAGAACAUGCUUGCCAUUCUGAACUAUUUUCAAUCCGUCACUAGCCCAGAGACAUUUGGCCUCUCUGAAAAGGAAUGGCUGACUCUACCGGAACAAUUUUCACAGGAUAUGGAUCAGCACGAAACUGCAAUUCGCCAUUACAUCGUCUGGGCGCAGAAGCCGGUUGUGUGA